CCGCCCAUCCCGGGCUGGCGGCGGGCCGAGCGGUGGGGACGCCGGCCGGGCCGGGGGCUUGCAGAGCCAUGAAGGGGGCAGGGUCGGGCCCUCGCCGGCGGGCGCGAGUGUCCCGCCUCGUCUCCUUCAGCGCGACCCACCGCCUGCACAGCAAAUCUCUUAGUAAUGAAGAAAACUUGAAAUUAUUUGGGAAGUGCAACAACCCAAAUGGCCAUGGGCACAAUUAUAAAGUUGUGGUGACAGUACAUGGAGAGAUUGAUCCUGUUACAGGAAUGGUCAUGAAUUUGACGGACCUCAAGGAGUGUAUGGAGGAGGCGAUUAUGAAGCCCCUUGAUCAUAAGAAUCUGGAUCUAGAUGUGCCGUAUUUUGCAGACAUUGUAAGCACAACAGAAAAUGUAGCCGUAUAUAUCUGGGAAAACCUCCAGAAAUUUCUUCCUGUGGGAGUUCUUUAUAAAGUAAAAGUAUAUGAAACUGACAAUAAUAUUGUAGUCUAUAAAGGAGAAUAACUCUUAGAGAUUAAUUUCCAUCCAUAUUUGAAGAUCUUUAUCCCCUUGAACAAUUAAGAAGUCAUCACCUAACUGUUGCACUUCCACAUUGUGUUCUGGAAUCACUGUGAGUGAGUCCUGUUGUAGACUCAAAUCUAAUUUAAAACCAAGUUUGUAAUGUAUUCUCAGUAUCAUUUAAAGAGUUGUUCAUCUAUAGAUUAAAAUCACUUCAGCAAAAUGAUCUGGUGUAGAAUUAUUUGGAAGCAAAAGAAAUCUGUUUUUUUCCCCCCAUUAUCUCAUUUUUAGUAUUCAUUUUUUUCUUGGUAUAAUAUAAAUGGCAAAAAUGUUUAUAAGACUGACAGUAGGUGAAUCUUAUAAAAAAUACCAGUGACCACAAAGUCUGGAAAUAGAGACUACAUAGUAUUUCUAGUAGAUUGAGCUCCCUUGAUUACUACUUCUAGGAUAUGCUAAACGUGUUCCAUUGGAAAAGGCAAUGACAAACCACUUCAGCAUUCUUGCCUUGAGAACCCCAUGAACAGCAUGAAAAGACAAAAAAAUGUGGCACAGAAAGAUGAAAUCCCCAGGUUGGUAGGUGCCCAAUAUGCUACUGGAGAAGAGUGGAGAAAUGGCUCCAGAAGGAAUGAAGAGGCUGAGCCAAAACAGAAACAGUGCCCAGCUGUGGAUGUGUCUGGUGGUGAAAGUAAAGUCUGAUGCUGUAAAGAACAGUAUUGCAUAGGAACCUGGAAUGUUAGGUCCAUGAAUCAAGGUAAAUUGGAAGUGGUCAAACAGGAGAUGGCAAGAGUGAACAUCGCAUUUUAGGAAUCAGUGAACUAAAAUGGACUGUAGUGGGCUAAUUUAAUUCAGACGACCAUUAUAUCUACUACUGUGGACAAGAAUCCCUUAGAAGAAAUGAAGUAGCUCUCACAGUCAACAAAAGAGCCCGAAAUACAGUACUUGGGUGCAGUCUCAAAAAUGACAAAAUGAUCUCUGUUCGUUUCCAAGGCAAACCAUUCAAUAUCAAAAUUCAUUACAAUAUCAGUAAUCCAAAUCUAUGCCCCAACCACUAAUGCUGAAGAAGCUGAAGUUGAAUGGUUCCAUGAAGACAUAUAAGACCUUCUAAAACUGACACCAAAAAAAGAUGUCCUUUUCAUCAUAGGGGACUGGAAUGCAAAAGUAGGAGGUUACGAGGUACCGGGAGUAAUAGACAAGUUAGGCUUUGGAGUACGAAAUGAAGCAGGUCAAAGGCUAACAGAGUUUUGCCAAGAGAAUGCACUGGUUAUAGUGAACACCAUUUUCCAACAACACAAGAGUUGACCCUACACAUGAAUAGGGCCAGAUGGUCAAUACUGAAAUUAGAUUGAUUAUAUUUUUUGCAGGCAAAGGUGGAGAAGCUCUAUACGGUUAGCAAAAACAAGACCAGGAGCUGACUGGCUCAGAUCAUGAACUCCUUAUUGCAAAAUUCAGACUUAAAGAAAGUAGGGAAAACCACUAGGGCAUCCAGGUAUGACCGAAAUCAAAUCCCUUAUGCUUAUACAGUGGCAGUGACAAAUAGAUUCGAUGGAUUAGAUCUGAUAGAGUGCCUGAAGAACUAGGGACAGAGGUUCGUGACAUAGUACAGGAGGUGAUAAUCAAGACCAUCCCCAAGGAAAAGAAAUGCAAGAAGGCGAAAUGGUGGUCUGAGGAGGCCUUACAAAUAGCUGAGAAAAGAAGAGAAGCAAAAGGCAAAGGAGAAAAGGUGCAUGCUUAUUCAGUGAGGAUUAGACCUGAAUCGUCUGGGACAGUGAGAAUUAGACCUGAAUCGUCUGGGACAGUGCGUUAUAAGUGAAUGUACGGGGACUGACGGGGUGCCUUUUGGUAGUGCAUGCUGUUCACUGCAGAUUUGCUCACUGAACCGUGAACUGCUAGUGAGAAACACUGAACAUAUCACAGAAGAGGAGUAAACUGCUCAUGUGUAUUUGUUUUCAGACCUUAUGGCUACCUGAACCAUUUAAACUCAGAAGACUGAAAAAUAAUCACAUGUAUUAAACCUUGUUAAGAAAAUCAGCAUGAAAAGGAUAUGUUACUCUGUACAGCAUCUCUUUAUGGAAGUUUUUCCUUGUUAAGAUAAUCAUGAAAAGGAUAUGUUACUCUGUACAGCAUCUCUUUGUGGAAGUUUUUCCUAGUUAAUCUUGUUUUCUGAUCACUAAAUCACCUGCUUCAAGUUGAGCUGCUUUUGUGGCAUUCACCUCUGGUAUCUUUCUUCAUGCCAAAGUCUACAAGAAUACAUUUGCUUUCUUCCCACAAAGAACAGUUCUCACUUGUGUUCUCAUUUGUAUUUUAAAACCAAGUUCCUUAAAUAUAGGGUUCAUUUUUCUCUUCACAUAGCAACUAGUACACGAUGGAUUCUUAGAAUGUUGCUGCCUGAAAAGAGUAAAAGGACUUGUGCCAUGAUUAGUACACUAAAAAAAUUUUCAAAGGAGUAUACUUUUAUUUUGGAGAGUUUAACUGCAUGUAUUUUACAAUAAAUUUUUACAGUAAUGUGAUGCCCACUUGA